UGGCAAUGCACCUACCUACCAGGUAACUUCUAAGCAUCCAUUCAUACACUACAACUAACUACCUACUUGACUUUAGACUUUACUAAACACAGUAAUUAAUUCGCCAUUAUCGGUAUUCCAUACCGAUAUCCCAAGAUGUCAUCUUCCCAGCCUUUAUCUCAGCCACCGACUAUUAACUACGUGGCUGGCUUCUUACUUGUCGGGCUUGCUUGGGGAUUUACGACGCCCUUCAUUCGCCGUGCGGCCAAAGAUCAUAAUCCACCGGCUCAUCCGACACUAGCAAGGGACGAUGUAAAAGCAAGCUGGGUCAAGAGUAAACUUUACGGGGCUUUUUUUGCUGUCCUUGACCUACUCAAGAACCCGAGAUAUGCUGUUCCACUACUGAUCAACUUGACCGGGAGUGUUUGGUUCUUCCUCCUCAUCGGCCAAGCAGAAUUGAGCUUGACGGUCCCAAUCGUAAACACAUUAGCCUUCUUAUUCACAGUACUUGGCGAUUGGUGGGUUGACAAGAAGGUUAUAAGUAGGGAUACGUGGAUCGGAAUGAUCUUGUCUUUAUGUGGCAUUGCGUUAUGCGUCCGAAGUAAAACUAGCUGAUAGUUUUUGCUCACAUUUAAGAUGAUCAGACACUAUUGAUAGUUCUCUAAAAACGAUGACAUUGGGGCGUUAGAAAAUUUUGGAGUUCUAGUAAGAAUCAGACUUGAAAUAACGAGAUGGAAAUAGGCCCAGAUGCAGAUUCUUGAUGCAGCCCAUCGUGGGGGGACAUACUGUACGUCUACAUACAUUGGUAUGGGUACAGGCGUCACUAUCAUACAGACGAACUCAUGAUGACUCUCAACUCUAUGCCAAGAAUAAACGCCGACUUUCUCCUACAAUGAGUAAAGCUCGCGCUCAUACAUGUUUCAUGCAAGCAUUCGAUGCGUAUGUUGUGCUACGGGAAGAGCGUAUCGCACGUUAUUAGUAUUUAUUCUGGUGAAACGAUCACUAGUCGAAAGGUCGCAGUGGUUUUUCAGCAUGGCGUCUCGUGUAGAGCAUGCUCACAGAUAAGGUAUAUAAGAUCCUAAAUCGUCCCUUGCUAUAAAAAGCCUGAAGACAAAGAGAGUGGUGCGAAAGAAAUACCGUAACUACAGUCAAGAAAUUUAAAGUUGUCCAC